AUGAAAGGAACAGAUCCUCUGACGACACCGGCUGAUAUAGCCGGUGUCACGUGGGUCACAGGUCGUAAGCUGACGGGGGCAGAGCAGGGGGAGGAAGAAGAGGACAGCGAGCUGAAAGGAAGACGAGGAGGAGAAGAUUCUUCAGCCGGCGCCUCGAUGUGUGAGAAGGCCCUCAGUGAGAUCCUGCAGAGCCUGACCGAACUGAACGUGGUCAAACCUGGACAGACCAUCAUUGACUUUAAUCAGAGGUCCCUCUUCACUGUGACAUCCCAAGGAAUAACUCCCAGCAGCCCUUGCUCUCGGUCUCUGACUCCGCUGGCGUCGCAGCAUUACCUGCAGCUCCUCCAGCAGCAGCUGCAGCAGCAGCAGCAGCACACACAGGUGGCCGUCGCACAGGUGCAGCUGUUGAAGGAUCAGAUGGCUGCAGAGUCGGCAGCCCGCCUGGAGGCUCAGGCCCGGGUUCACCAGCUGCUGCUGCAGAACCGGGACCUGCUGCAGCACCUGGCUCUGCUGGUGCAGCAGCUGAAGGAGCUGGAGGCCGACGCCCCAACAACACCAGCAGGACUGGAGCUGCAGGCUAAUGGACUCGAUGGUCCUCAGUCCCCGUGCGGCUCAGUAACAUCAGCAAAGGCUCUGACUCUGAAUCUGAGGAAAAACUACAUCCAGACGCUGGACCAGCUCAUCACCUCUACACCUGCAUGGCCUCUCCAAGCCUCCCCCCUCUCCCCCUCCACUGUGGACAGUGCUGAGUCCUACCUGAACCUGCUCAACCUGGAGAACAGCGGCGAGCCUGCUGUGCUGGUGAACGGAGACGCUGACCUCUUCAUCAGGGCCAAAGGGAGCGCAGAGAACAAGGAGGGCUCGUGCAAUGAGAUCGUCCCAUUCACCCUGAGGAACUCUGCCAACAUCGAUGAAAAAUAUAAACAGACGAUCCCUAAACUGGACCCUCCACCCUCCAUGAUCCGGAAGCGCUCCAGCAGGACCUUCUCUCCGGGCUCCGGGGAGGUCACGGCUAACGACGGGGCCCCUAGCAGCAGCAGCAGCCUCUCCUUCCCGGACAUCACCCCCAGCUCCCUGUGCUCCGCAGACUUCCACUCCCUCUGUAACGGCGAGAGCAGCUCCUGCUCGGCCAGCGAGGACUCGGGGGUCCGGUCCGAAACCAAGUCGCUGCUGUCUCCUUUACGCGACGACGACGACUUGUUCGGUGACCGCGGGACGUUUCUAACGGCCUCGAGCGGCUGCGACAGUCCCCUGGAGGACAGAAAUGAUCUCUUCUCCUCAGAGUCUUACCCUGCUGAUCCCACCUCGCGCCCGGACACUAACGAGCACCUUCCGCCCUUCUCCCCCCCCAUGAACGACACCUGCCUUCACAUCAGCUUCUCCGAGGACGAGCUGCUGGACAUCAGCCAGGAGGAGCCCAGCGUCCCUCAGAGGAGUUAGGAGGACCAAGACUCCUCACUUAUCAAUCAACUCUUAAUGCAAUACUUCCUGUCAGACCCUCUUCUUUUUGCACUGGGCUCCACAUCAGGACCUUUCAUUAUUCCGUCCACUUUGACACAGUCCAAACAUAGCAUAUACCAGUUAAUGAUGAAUAAUCUAUUGUAUAAAUUAUUAGCCAAUGGACAGAUUUAGUAUUUUUGUAAUGAAUUCUAAUCUUAUUUUACUUUGUAGUGGCUAGAAUGUUAAGCAGAAUACAUGUAGCAAUUCUUGCACUGUUAAGGUCACAUGUAUGUUAGAAAGUAAAGGGAACACAUUUUAUUUUUGCUAGUAGUCUACCUUAAAAUGUUAUUUUGUAUGAUGCUUCUUCUGUGGUGCAAACUUUUGUGGGAAAUAUUGUUUUCUGCAGAUUUCACAGAGUGAUCACAGGGAUGUUGGGAUAAGCCUCGCCUUCUGAAAAGCACUGGACCCGAGUAUGGAGGGAAAGAAAAGAAACAGAAAGUCAGGAGAAAAGAAAAAGAGAGGAUAGAAGUAAGCAGUGUUUUGAUUUAUGCACAUCAAUUUGUGGCUGUGUGGGUGUUUAGUUUUCAUUCACAGAGUUGAGAUGGUUUAGGAAGGUUUUGAGCUACUUGUAUUUUAAUUAGAUUUUGACUUGCAUGCUUUAAAGUAGAAAAUAAAUGCCAUAUACGAAUAGAUUUUGUAUUUAGGAUUGUUGUAAUCCUUCAAAAGCAUUUAAUUUAUGAUAUUUGAGUUGUGAGAAACAACAAAGUAGGAAGGCAAACCCUCGAAAAUCAUGCAGGAAAGCUUUGUAUUGCACAUGUGUCAGUGUGGAGAGUGGGUUAUUAAAUGCACCCCCACACACAAUGGGACGAUAAUUGGGCAAUCACAGAGGGCCUUGGAGAAAGACAGCUUGGCAGACACUCAAUUUGAGAAAUCCUGAACCACCAGCAAAAUGUUUCAUCAAUUAAGCUGACAUUUUAUAUACUUAUAUCGGUAUAGAGCUACAACUAUUAGUCAAUAAGUCGUUAUUAAAGACAAUUAACCGACUGUAAGAUGAAUUGGUCGGAUUAAAGUCCGAUUUUAGGCACAAAUGCCCCAAAUAAUACUAGUUUGAGCUUUUCAAAUGUAAUGGAAUUGGCUCAUUUUUUAUUUUCUCUGAAUAUAUUUCAUGGAUUAAGUGUUAAAAAAACACAAGAAUAUGAUUGGCAGAUAAUGAAAGUAAUCAUUUACUACAUGCGUUUCAUCAAAUGCAUGUGGCAAGAUUUUACUGUAAAGUUUUUUAGUCAAUUGAGCGCAGGUCUAACCCUUGACAGGUAGAAGAAAUAAUAAAUGGACAGGAGAGGAAAAGCAGUGCAGGAGAUAAGAGUGACGGUGCAGGUGUUAAACGCCCAGAGGCCAAGCUUUUAACACCCAGAAACGCGGCUUUUCUCACCAUCGCAUGAGGCGGGAAGCUAAAACAGCAAUAACACGUGGAAGAAAAUAAUAAUAAA